UCGGCGGCAGUAGUAUACGCGUCCCCGGACAUAACGUCCGUCCGCCGGUUGUGUCCGCUCGCGUCGUUCCCUACAUAUAUUGCCGCGUAUAAUAUAUAUAUAUAUAUAUAUAUAUGUAUACACCUAUAUAUCGUACACGACGUAUGUGGACCGCAAACCCGUAGUGCAGCAGUAGUAUAACAUAUACAUAGGAUACGGCUAACGAAAUUUCACUUAUAAUAUUACAUUAUAUAGGAAUACGUAUAUAGACGUUUGCGCGGGGUGCGUGUAAACACACGGACAACAGUUGUCUAUUGCGUGAGACCACAACGAUUGUUUUCAACAGACCACGACGUCGGGGUGCAAGUUGAUGUGUGUGCAAAAACCGUAAACGGUUUUUCUUAUCUUAUACGUAAUUAUUCAAUAUAUAUAUAUAUAUUAUACGUAUACAAUCCGUUCGUAUUACACAUCACUGCACGUGCGAGGAAUAUCCGGCAACGCGUACCAUCGACUUUAAAUGAGUUACCGUGGGUCGCAACAGCGGCGUAGGAGGGCAAUCGUCUCGUGUUCCACAAAUACAUCGUUCCCCCGGUACACCGGCGGUGGCGGUACGACACCGACGCGAACGGCGGCUUUAGAGGGUGGUAGGUAGUGCGUCUGCAUCAGCAUCCGCGACGAUCUCGUCAGAAUCAGCCGAUACGACCGCCGCGUUGUAUAUACGCUGCACACUAUUGCUCACGACGCAACGCUUAGUGCUCAAUAAUAUAACUGUAACCAAACCAUUUUCAAUCUCAAAUAUAAUUUAAAUACAAAUAUAUAUAUAUAUAUAUAUAUUAUUAUAAUAUUAUACGAUCGUCGCGAGCCACACGUAUAUAAUUUAUAAUAUAGGUGUACACCAGUAUACAUAUAUAUAAUAUAUCACACAAGCCACUGUGCAUUUCCAGUGCCUACCGAUAAUAUAUUUUAAAAUAUUUAUACGGCGUUCAUAUUACCGAGCGUUUCGAUGGACAACCAAAACAACAGCACCACCACCACUUUCCUGCCACCUCCCAUCGACGGCGAGGCGUCGGCGCCGCUCGCGCAACCCGACGACGAUUUCGUGGUGCCCCUAUCAGCGGCCGGUACCCCCAAUACGCCGGCCGACGACGGCGGCACCGGAUCUACCGUGUCGCCCGUGACUCCUGUCCACCUCAACCGUCAACCGCACGGCGCGAUGAUGAUGGACGACGAUCAGGCGGCCACCGGCGCCGCCGAUAGCGGUGCGACGGACGACAGCUCCGUUCUGUUGCCGCCGCCCGACGAGACGGACAACGAAGAAAAACCGAACAAAGACAAUGCGGACGAUGAAGACAACGGCGGCGACAACAACGACAACAGGACCGGCGAAGACGACGACCAGGUGCCCGUUUUGGCCAUGUCAGGCAUUCUACCGGCCACGGCUAGUGGCGGUGGCUCGAUUUCCGACUCGAAGAAAAACGCCGGCGGACCGAACGACUCGCUGACCGGUGGAGGAACCGGGACCGGAAACGGAGAAAAUAAGUCCAAAGAGAAAUCACGCUAUACAACUGGUAGCGGUACAGGAGCCGGUACAGAUGUGGAAGAUUCCGGAACAAACAGUCCGCAGGCAGCUUUGGGAUGUGGAACUACGUUUGAAUACGUAGUACUAGUAACGGCGUGCUCAAUUUUGCUAUUAGCUGUCACUGGCACUACCGUUUACUGGACCAUGGCCUAUCGAGGCGGAUACGACCCCAACUGGUUUCCCUGGCCACCGCAGACCCCGAAGCAAAUGUUAUCCGUAGGCGUGUUUACUUAUAAGCACCCGCAAAACUUCACUGCCAGUGGCAGCGAUAUUAGUACGACAACAAUUGCAACAACGACCACGACGGAACAACAACAAUCUUCGCAGUUAAACAUAUCGUCUUUAAACAUUUUGAUCGAAGAUCGACGGUUCAACUUGCAUCCAACCCUGAUGACGGUCGGUUUCGUCACUUUAACCGGAUUCUCUAUAUUGGUGUACAGAAUGGCAGCUGGAUGUUCGACUUCGUGCAGGGGAACUUAUGUGAAAUUAACCCACGGACUAUUGCAUUUGGCUACUGUACCGUGUGUGGUUUUGGGAGCUGUGGCCGCUAUGGAAUAUCAUCGUUUGAAAGGCUUACCGCAUUUGUAUUCGUUACACAGUUGGAUGGGAUUAUUGACUGUUUCGCUUUUUGUAAUUCAGUUCACUCUUGGAUUGUUCACGUUCGUUGUGCUGUUGUGUUGUCGCGGCGCAACGGCUGUGUGUCGCUUACGAUGUUUUGCGCCCAUACAUGCCACCCUGGGACUGUGCACGUUCACAUUGGCCAUAGCUACCUGUCUCACCGGACUUCAGCAACGCGCUGAUUUCUCGAUAUUCAGCAAUAAUAAUGGAGACAGUAAACAGACAAUAUCCGAGUUGAUCAAACAAAAGUUACACUUGAACAAGGAACCGGUAGUGGUUAAUGUGUUGGCCGUCUUGCUAGUAUCUGUGUUGGUUAUUGUGUCGUACACGAUACGCCGAGAGUCACUGAAGCGGAGGCCCAACAACAAACCAUCAUACACGGCGACAGUGAGUCCACUCCGCAUAAAAUCUUCGUCGUCGUCUACCGGAAAAUUUGGAUCGGGAAAGCAAUCGUCGCAGCCUCCGGUUUGAGGUGCAUAUACACGUCAUUCCGCAACUAUUUCUGCCAUAACUUCUAUAUUUAAAACAAACAAAAUACAAUUAAUAACAAAAGUACAACAAAUUGU